GACUUCCGCCCUUGCAUCCGUCGUGCCAUGGGCACAACGGCUUGCACAGUGUGCCGACCAAAAGACGCUCACUGCCCUGUGGAAUGCCAUGGCCUGAAAGUGGAAUGUCCGCUUCCAAACUUGUUUGACCCCACCAGCCAGCGACUGGAGUUCUUGUCUCAGGUCAAGCUCUUCCAGCGGCUGCCACAAGACCAGCACCAGCUGCUCGCAUCGGCGUGCGAAGAUGUUUACUUCCAAGAUGGCGAGGUGAUCAUGAAGCAAGGCGACGACGGUCAUGAGUUCUUUGUCAUCAAGGAGGGCGAAGCGGAGGUUCUCAUCUCCGAGAAAAAAAUGGCUGUGCUGAAAGCAGGCCAGUACUUCGGGGAGAACGCUCUUCUACGGGAUGAGCCGCGCACUGCGAGCAUCAAGGCGGUCGGACGGCUGAAGGCUCUUCGGAUCUCCAGGACAAAGUUCGUGGAGAUGGGGCUCAGGGAAAAGCUAGACUUUCCGCAGCGGAAGGCAGUCGGGGGCCAGCACCACCAGGUGGUGGUGAAGGCGCCGACCCCCAAGACGGAGAGCGAACGACAGCUCAUUUCAAAUGCGCUGAAGAAGAACCAGAAUUUGCAGAGUGUAGUCGACUUGGACAUGUCCCGGAUCAAAGCCAUCUGCGACAUUGCAUGGCGUGAGGAGGUGCCAAAGGGCACCAAGGUUAUCACGGAGGGCGAUGACAAUGCUGACUAUUUCUACAUUGUACAAUCAGGCUCCUUUGUUGUGAAGCUUGCAGCUCAGAGCAUGGAGGGGAAGCCGAACGCAGCCACGCCAGCGAGUUUGAUUGGCCCUGGCGAGAGCUUUGGCGAGCUGGCGCUGCUGUACUUCGCGCCACGCGCGGCAACAGUGCAGGCUAGCGAUGAUGCUUCCGUGUGGAUCAUCGAUCGAGGAAACUUCAAGAAGAUCAUGGCCAAGUCUUCAGAUGAGAAGGAGACGGAGUACCUGAAGUACUUGGAAAAGGUGGAUAUGCUAUCACCGCUGAAGAGGGACGAGAAGAUGGCUUUGGCCAAGUGCUUGACAGAGGUGUCCUUUAACAAGGGCGAGGUGAUUAUGAAGCAGGGCGAGCCAGGUGACGCAUUUUACUUGCUCGUUGACGGCUCGGUGGAUUUCAUUAAGGAGGGGGAGAACAAGCCUGGCACACGAUACCAGGGCUUCCAAGACAAGGCCAAGCCCUUCGGCGAACAGGCGCUGCUGAACAACAAGCCCCGCGCUUGCACUGUGCGGGUGGCCUCGCAGACGGCAAGAGCCUUGAUGGUGGACAAGCAAUCAUUUGACAUGCUUCUUGGACCGCUAGAGGAGCUCAAGAAACGUGGGAAGAGCGGCAAGAGCAAGCUGCAGGAGGAGCGUCAAAGCACAACCAUAGACAGCAGCCGCUUUGGGAAGAUCAAGCGCAAGGACCUUAAGGUGUUGGGCUUGCUGGGCUGCGGCGGCUUCGGCGCUGUGGAGUUGGUGGAGCACCAAGGCACCAAGGAGACUUACGCGCUGAAGGCCUUGAGCAAGGGCUUCAUCGUCAAAUCCGGCAUGCAGAACAGUGUGAUGAGUGAGAAGAAGGUGCAGCUGAUGUGCGACUCACCUUUCAUCGUCAAGGUGUUUGAGACCUUCAAUGGUCCAGAGGAUCUAUGCUUUCUUCUGGAGCUCGCUCUCGGCGGUGAGCUUUAUGCCACUUACAACAAGAAGGGCUUCUUCGGCAAGGUAGGGCAUGCAAAAUUCUAUGCUGCUGGCGUGGUCGUUGCCUUUGACCAUCUUCACAGCAAGAAGAUUGUGUUCCGGGACCUGAAGCCGGAGAACUUGCUGCUCAACGAGCACGGCCACGUGAAGCUUACUGACAUGGGCCUGGCAAAGGUGACACUGGGCAAAACAUUCACAACAUGUGGCACUCCAGAUUACUUUGCUCCAGAGCUCAUCGCUUCGUCUGGGCACACCUUGUCUGUGGACUGGUGGACCUUGGGAAUCCUGACCUACGAGCUGAUGUGUGGGUUCCCACCCUUUGAGGCGGAUCAGCCCAUGGAAACCUACAAGAAGGUCAAGCGGGGCAUCGGCCAGGUGGCAUUUCCGCCCAAAUGUCGAGGCGCAGCGGAGGAUCUGAUCAAGAAGCUUUGCAAGGCCGAUCCCUCCCAGCGGCUGGCCAUGAAGAGCGGAGGAGUUGCAAACAUCAAGGAGCAUGAGUGGUACAAGGACUUCGAGUGGCAGGCCUUCGAAAGUCUGAAGAUGGAGGUGCCUUACCAGCCCCAGGUGAAAAGCAAGACAGACUUUGCCAACUUCUCCGCGCGCGAUGCAGACCGUCCUCCACAGGUCAAGUACAAGGACGACGGCUCCUGUUGGGACAAGGAUUUCGCCACGUCUGACUGAAGCGCUGGCAGUAAACUGGGCAGUUUCAAUUGUCCUUUCAGCCGGGAGUGUUUGCUACUACCAAGCAUGCACCGGCCGUAAAUCGCUGGAGACAAUGUAGAUCAGGACCGUGGCAUCAGGCCAGUUCACAAGCCAAAGUGCUAUGGAUGUCUGAAUCUCAAAGAGUUGACAGGACUGUGGGCA